AUGCAUUCCAACUGGAGUUUCAGGUUAUCACACAGGUGCCUAUCCAUCCCAGGGACGAUAGUGCUAAUUUCUGCUCAGUUUUUGGUGCUAGCAGAGGACCCUGACCAUGAGAACCCAGCCUUCCAGCCCAACUCUGUCCACACCAACUACGGGUACCCGGCACACCUGCGGUUCUCCUCCAACUUCAACCACAGCCAGCUGCCGGUCAUCAUCUGGUGGACCAAGUCUCUCUUCCCCCACUUCACCGGAAACAACAAGGCGACCAUCCACUGCGAUGUCGGGUCCUGCGUCACCACCACCAUAAAGAAGAUGAAGAACGACCCGAACACGCGAGGGUUCAUCUUCUACGGCACGGAGUUCAGGCUGUACGAGACGCCGUUGCCUAGGCAACCGCAUCACGAGUGGGCGCUCCUCCACGAGGAGUCUCCCAUGAACAACUUCAUCCUAUCCCAUCAGCCCAUGCUGCAGCUGUUCAAUCACACGGCGACGUUUCGCCGUGAGUCGGACUACCCUCUCACCCUACAGCACCUCCCAGCGCUGUCGUACCUGACCAGUCGGCAGCCGGUGCCGCUCCAUGAGAAGAACCAGCUGCGGGAGACGGCAGGCCUCGCCCCGGUGGCCUACAUCCAGAGCCACUGCGGAGUCGCAUCCGACAGAGACAGCUAUGUGCAGGAGCUUAUGAAGCAUGUGAAGGUGGACUCCCUGGGAAAGUGUCUCCACAACAAGGACCUGCCCGAGGAACUGGUCAGCACCCUGACCAUGGAAGAGGACGGGUUCCUCAGUGUCAUUGCCAAGUACAAGUUCCACAUCGCCUUUGAGAACGGCCUCUGCAGGGACUACAUGACGGAGAAGCUGUUCCGCCCGCUCCACCUGGGUGUGGUGCCCAUCUACUGGGGCUCGGAGGCUGCCAAAGACUGGACGCCAAACGACCACAGCGUCAUCCUGAAAGACGACUUCGCGUCUCCUAAGGAGCUGGCAGACUUCAUCAACUUCCUGGACCAGAAUGACGAGGAGUACCUGAAGUUCCUGGAGUACAGGAAGCCUGAUGGGAUCACAAACAGGCUGCUUGUGGAGGAGAUGGAGAAGAGGCCGUGGGGACCGGGUACCAUGAACGAACCCAACUUCAUCAACGGCUUCGAGUGCCACGUUUGCGACAGGAUAGUGGAGAGGCUACAGGCUGAAAGGCUGCAUGAAGACAACCCGUGGGGCAAUGCUCUACUACCACCCAGGCUGGGUCAGUACAACCACAUGGGGUGCCCCCAACCCACCCGGGCUGUCGACACCGAGGACACGUCUGCAACUGGCAAGGAAUGGCAGGAGUAUGACUGGACGAACGACUUCUGGGGUUCGUGGGACAUGGCGCAGGCGCUGAAGCGGAUGGUUCAGGUCGGGGAGAAGGAUGCGGGGAAACUGUUUGAGUAUGUAGAGGAGAUGCAUGGCAGGCAUUGAUGUACGGUUUCUACAUCGUUCAAGCUUUAUGUUUGACUUUUAUAUAAUACAGAUCUUUAUUUAUAUGGAAAAGUCUGCCACAGGACAUUCAGUUAAGGUGCACUCUCACUGCACUUAUGUCAAGCUUGCAUCACUGGGGGGUUUGAAAGAUACUCGACCAAUUUCAGAAAUA